AUGGAGCCUUCCGGAUCUUCGCGAGAGCUGCCUAUACGUCCUGCGCAGUCUGGAAUCUCACGUACGCGAGUCUCGCGCGUCCCCAUGAUCCCUGCACAUGCUGCUGCAACAGCAGGUCUGGCGAUCUACCUACCCAACACAUCGACUGCCCGUACCGGACGAUCAAACAAGCGUCCACGAGAUAACGUUGGGGCGCUCAAUCACCCUGUAGCUACGGCAACCAGCGGCUCCAUCCCGACAUGCGCCAUGUUCAGCCUCGCCAAGCCCAUGUCACUUUCACCUCCAACAAAGACGUGA